GACUUCUGCCGAAGGGGCGUGGCUGAAUUCCUCACAGCAGUGCGCAGGGCGAGUGCGUACGGGAAGGAAAUGGAAAGAAGUGUCCAUUUAAUGUAGAUCUCUGGUAGAUUUUGUAAGGCGUCGAGAGGGAUCAUAUUAGAACACUGCCUACGCUGCACGGUGUGACGGUGUGGCUGUAGAGAUGUUCAAAUCCAGGAAGACCCGCAAGGGUUUGGUGCAGAUGGGCACAUGUGACCCACCCCAAGGCCCAGGGGUGCACAUCUUCCUUCUCUGGAGCAAAGAAGGCGAGCACUAUCUGUCCCACACUGAGGAGGGACAAGUGACAGCUGAGGAGCUGUUAAUCGAAAUAGCCCAGCAUAUCGGUGUCACUCCUUUGUGCCACAGUCUGUUUGCCCUGUAUGACCCUUCUUCGAAGUGCUGGUACAGUCCAAACCACACCUUCACCACAGAGAAGCAGAUUGGCCUGGUUCUCCAUUACCGCAUGAGGUUCUACUUUCGCAACUGGCACGGAAUCAGCGAACAGGAAGGCCCCGUGUUCCGCUGUUCUCUACGCACGGCCGAAAACAAGGCGCUACAUCAGAGGGAGAAGAUCACGGGCACACCUCUUUUGGAGCAGCCCUGCCUUGAAUACCUGUUUGCUCAGGCCAAAUUUGACUUUGUCAAUGAUGUGGCGUCGCUGGACGAAGUCCAGGAGGAGCAGGAGCUUAGUCGCUUCAAGAGUGAAUGUUUGGGCAUGGCGGUGCUGCACCUGUGCCAGCAGGCCUUACAGUCAGGCUGCACACUGCAGGAUAUGGCCAAGAAGACCAGAUACUUGCAGUGCAUCCCACGCUCCUUCGCUAUGCAGAUUCAGCGUGACAACUUCCUGACCAAGGUGCGCAUCCGCCGUGUCUUCUCGCAGUUUGUGCGCAGCUUCCAGCUACACACGGUUGGCACGGGCCGCCUCACCCAGCAGGACAUCAUGUACAAGUAUGUGGCUACCCUGGAGCACCUGGCACCCCACUUUGGUACCGAGUCUUUCACCAUCAGCCGCCUCACCAUCUCACCUGAUGGAAGUAGCAGCAGUGGCUCCGUUGGCAUGAGUCCUGAAUGGAGCAAAGGUUCGGAGGUCACCCAUGAGGUCAUGGUGUCCGGAACAGAGGGAAUCAAGUGGAGGAAGGUCCAGGUGCAGGAGAGCAGUUUCUGUGGGAAUGACUACCAAGGCAGAACAAAGAGAGAAAAAUCUCUCAUAACUCAGCAGGCUGACAAACCCCCCACUACCUGGAACAUAUUUUGCGACUUCCCAGAAAUCUCCCACAUUGUCAUCACUGGAUCCACUGUGUGUGUGAACCGACAGGACAACUCCUUCAUGGAUGUUUGUCUCGGCUCGUCUCUGGAAGCGCAAUCCUUUGUCUCCCUCCUGGAUGGGUACUUUCGUCUCACCGCAGAUGCCCACCACUACCUGUGUCACGAGGUGGCCCCGCCCCGGGUGGUGCUGAGCUCAGCAAAUGGCCUGCAUGGCCCUAUGCAGGAGGAGUUUGCUUUGCAGAAGCUGCGGAAGGAGGCGGGGGAGGAGGGUUUGUUUCUGGUGCGCUGGAGUGUUCUGGACUUCCACCGCAUUAUACUGACUGUUCUCAGCAAGGCACAGAAUGGAACACCCCCAACCCACAGGCAGUUCCGAAUCCACCAAAAGGGACCCACCUUUGUUCUGGAGGGCUGGGAUCGGGAGUUUAACUCAGUCAGACAGCUGACUGACAGCCUGAAGACGUGCGUGCUCAGGUCGGGGAAUUGCAACUUCGUAAUCAGGAAAUGCUGCCUGCCCCGGACAGGAGACCUGUCAAAUCUCAUUGUGAUAAGGCAGCGGGGAGAAUCCCAAGCACCGACCUACUCCCUGAACCUCAGCCAGCUGCGCUUCCACCAGAUAAGAGACAAAGAGAUCACGCAGGAACAGCACCUGGGCCGGGGCACUAGAACCAACAUUUACUCAGGGUGGCUGCGAGUACGGGGUAACUCUGAGGACGAAGAGGAUGAUAGCUACGGUGGCUGGAAUGGCAACGAGGGCCGCUCCCAUGACAAAGGGAUCCGCGUGGUGCUGAAGAUCCUGGACCAGAGCCACAGGGACAUUGCUCUGGCUUUUUUUGAAACAGCAAGCCUCAUGAGUCAGGUAUCCCACAGCCACCUGGUCUUCGUCCAUGGCGUGUCUGUCAAAGGGUCAGAAAACAUUAUGGUGGAAGAGUUUGUGGAGUUUGGACCACUGGACGUUUUCCUGCGACGGGAGAGGGGGGUGGUCACACCACAGUGGAAGUUCACUGUCGCCAAACAGCUAGCCAGCGCCCUAAGCUACCUGGAGAGCAAGCAUUUGGUGCAUGGGAACGUGUGCUGCAAGAACAUCCUUGUGGCACGGAAGGGUCUAGAAGAGGGCACCUUUCCCUUUGUUAAACUGAGUGACCCAGGCAUCGCCUUCAGUGCACUGUCCAGGGAAGAGCGAGUGGAGCGAAUCCCCUGGAUUGCCCCGGAGUGUGUGCCGAAUGGGGCCCGUCCAGGCAGCACGGCUGAUCAGUGGGGCUUUGGGAUCACGCUGCUGGAGAUCUGCAACGACGGUGAUCUGCCCAUGAGUGAGAUCACGCUGGCUGAGAAGGAAAGAUUUUAUGAGACACAGAGCCACCUGCCAGAACCAUCCUCCCAGGAGCUGGCCAGUUUCAUCAGGAUGUGUCUGAACUACGACCCUACAGAAAGGCCGUCGUUCCGCACGAUCCUGCGAGAGCUGACAGAGCUGCAGUUCAAAAACCCAGACAUCUCUUCCAAGUGCGACACCCAUCCAGGGACUGAUCCCACCGUCUUCCUGAAGCGCUACCUGAGGAAGAUACGGGACCUGGGAGAGGGUCAUUUUGGGAAGGUGAUGCUGUACGUGUAUGAUCCAGCAAAUGAUGGCACGGGCGAGUAUGUGGCAGUAAAGGCACUGAAGCAGGAAGGUGGUGGCCAGAGACAUGAUGGCUGGAGGAAGGAGAUUGACAUCUUGAAGUCACUAUACCACAGCAACAUUGUCAAAUACAAGGGCUGUUGCUCAGAGCUCGGUGGGCAGGUGGUGCAACUGAUCAUGGAGUACCUACCGCUGGGCAGCCUGCGGGAUUAUCUACCAAAACACAGAUUUGGUGUGGCACAGAGCCUUCUGUUCGCGCAGCAAAUUUGCCAGGGGAUGGAGUACUUACACUCCAAGCGGUACAUUCACCGGGACUUGGCAGCACGUAAUGUCCUUGUGGAGAAUGAGAACGUGGUGAAGAUUGGAGACUUUGGGCUCAGCAAGUACCUCCCAGAGGGAGAAAUUUACUAUCGUGUCCGUGAGGACGGGGAUAGCCCAGUGUUCUGGUAUGCCAUUGAGUGCCUGAAGGAGAGCAAGUUCUCCUUUUCCUCAGACAUUUGGUCCUUCGGUGUGACACUGUAUGAGCUGCUGACUCACUGUGAUCACCGCCAAAGCCCUCCCACGAAGUUCUUUGAGAUGAUGGGUGCUGUUCAUGGUCAGAUGACGGUUAUGAAGCUGAUUGAGCUGCUGGAGAGGCGCCGGCGGUUGCCCUGCCCACGCGACUGUCCUCCAGAGGUGUACAAAGAGAUGGGGCAGUGCUGGGACGUGGACCCCACCAAAAGACCGACCUUCCAGUCCCUCAUCAGCACUCUGGGUGAGAUCCGCAAGACUUACCAGCAGCAGCCUAUGAUCCGGCUGGCCCAAAUCAACCAGUGCUGAUUGAGCAUCCAGCUUCACUGCUAGCAUGGUUGCCUUUCCAACCUACUUUACCCUGUGGCAGCAGCAGCUUGGCUCUGAUCAACUACUGUAACCAAAGUCCUGUGUCUGCUGGCUCAAACCAUGAUGCCUUUAGCCUGUGCAACACCAUGGUAUGUGUUUUGCCUUGACCUUGAGGACUGCUCCUGCACCCAUUCAUGUUGAUGGGUUCCAAGAAACUUUGACAAAUGUCUGUGCAGCGUGUCAUAAGGCAGUCUGGAACUGUGUUGUCCUGUAAUCCACAUUCUUUGAAGAGGAACUCAAAAUACAGCAUUUCCUACAUUUAAUGUGAAUGAGGUAAAAAGACUUGCACAUAGUGCUCAUAAUCAGUCACUUUUAUUGUGGCUGAAUAGCUGAAAAGCUAAGGACUGAACUCCAGGAGCUCAUGUUGGAUAUCUGGGAAAUGGAGUACUUGUACAGUAAUCAAGUUUCUGAAUUGCCUAAUAUGCCUCCCUCUUACCUUUAUGAGCCAAUGCAGUGACUCUUUUGUGCUCUCUGAGUGCUAUGUCCUAUUGAGAUUUGAGCUAUUGUUGCUUUGCAUUAUUACAGUAAUAUCAAAUUGUGAUGCUAAAGGUAAUUUCUUGGUUUCAAUAACUGUACACAAAUAUAUUAUAAAUUUCAAAUUCUAAUAUAAACUUACACUAAGUGCUGCAUUAUCCAUGUAUUAUAGCCUACAUAAAGAUAUCUAAUAAAAUUAUUGGACAAAAUGAAAAGAAAUUUCAUCCUGUCUUUGCCAAAGCAACAGAUACGUUUGUUGUGUUAAGUUAAAGUGGUUUCUUAAAUCCUUGCUUAAACCAGUAUCCAAAAUGUUGCAUUAAAUUGAAAAAUGUCAGGAAGUGCGCA